AUGGCACCCGCUCAGGUAAGACAACCGAACCGCUUUGCUGUAUCCGUCCUCGAAUCUACGCGUGCACCGUCAGCCGCGCAAGCUAGAGGCCAGAAAGGCAAGGGAUCCAAGGCAAAGGUCACCAAAAAGUACAUCAUCAACUGCAGCCAACCCUACAGCGACAAGAUCUUUGAUUUGUCCGCCUUCGAGAAGUUCCUGCAUGAUCGUAUCAAAGUUGACGGCCGCACUGGCAAUCUGGGCGACAAUGUCAUGAUCUCACAGGCCGGUGAUGGAAAGAUUGAGGUUGUGACACACAUUCCUUUCUCGGGUCGCUACUUGAAAUACUUGACCAAAAAGUUCCUCAAGAAGCAGUCUCUUCGUGACUGGCUCCGUGUUGUGUCAACCAGCAAGGGUGUCUAUGAAUUGCGAUUCUUCAACGUGGUCAAUGACGAGGGUGACGACGAUGACGAGUAG